AGCCCUAAUUUCUGGAGGCGCGCCGUCGUACGUUCCGCACCUGCAGUCAGAGAAGAGAAUCUAACUGCUCGCCUAGGAGACUGAAACCAUGCAAAACCCACGAGCAUCAGAUGACUCCAGUUCUUCCGACGUCGAAGCUGAGAUCAGCGACGGCCUUCCUCCGCUUGACAGAUCUCACAGAGCCGUCGAAGAUGAAGCUUCGUUGGUGAUGAGAGCAGAGAUGUAUCAAUGUUACAUGAAGGAGCUUCCUCUUCCGACAAACCGCGGUUCGGUUAUUCCCUUCACAAGUUGGGUCGGUUUAGGCUUCUCAAUCAAACAGCUUUAUGGUCAACCUUUGCACUACCUCACGAACGUGCUGUUACAACGUUGGGAUCAAGCUAGAUUCGGGUCUGAUUCUGAGUACCAGAGUUUGGAUUUCAUCAUCCAUCCUUGUAAAGCUGAAGCUACCGUCUGGCUCGUUGAGGAAAUCCAUCGUCUCACUUCUUCUCAUCUUCAGAUCGCUCAGCUUUGGGGAUCUGAUCCGAUGUAUCACUCGUUGGUUGAUCCCAUCGUUCCUGAGCUACCACGAUCAUGAAACAAGUUCUUCAACCCCUUUUCAAGAAUCUUACUUUCUAAGAUUUUAAGUUUAGAUAAUGAAAUGUGAAUGCUCUUUUAUCCUUUUUACUAUUUGUGCUUCUGUAAUUACCAUAAGUCAUUCCAAGAAUCAUCUUUUCAAGGAUUGAAGUUUCUGUAAUAAUCUCUUUGAACAGUUACCUUUGAGUAAUGAAAUGAAACCGGUUGUUGUUCUUUGUA